CCCAAUUAAUCUAGAGGAUAGGCACUGCUAUAGUAGACAGUAUAUCGGGAAUAGCGCAAGUAAAAGGCAGUAUAAAAGUCGAUAAGGAUAAAUAGAACUCUUGAACACCUUGAUGGCUCUUGCCACUCAACCAAAAAGGAGAACUCGUUGUUGGCCCGGUCUGAAUCCGAGACACCCUAAAAAGCAUAUUCCAUAUACCAUAUCCCUGAACCCUUAUUAGGAGGGUGAAGAAGAGCAGUAGGAAUAGAGGUAGCCCAAUAUGAUGCACCAUGUCACGUGGGCAACUCUUCGUCCAGGUCUGCAUUUUCUAGGCUGCGGAACAUACCAUGGACGAGAAUAAAUAUGCACAAUGAGAUACCUCACUCAAUCAUGUUAUCUGUUUGGCAUCAACGUGAAAAGACAAAGAGAAUUGGAUGUCGCCGCUCCCAGAAACCUGCGCUUCUACUUAAAACUCGGACGUUCGGCCAGCACUCUUUCACCAUCUGAGAAUGACGAUCACUUUUUCUCCUACACAUCUGGCCGAUGGCUGUAUGAGGAAGAGACUCAACUGAGGCGCAGAUACAUCAAAUUCGAUCUGGAAGGUCUUCGAAAGACUGCUGCCCUAACUCUAGGCUCUCGAUGUGUCCACAUAUCCAAGCUUCCGGAGGGCCUGUACAACAAGGUCUUUUCUUUAACGAUGGAAGGCGGCAAAGAAAUCUUGGCGAGGAUUCCAAAUCCCAAUGCUGGUGAUCCUGAUUAUGUGGUUGAGAGUGAAGUGGCGACCCUUGACUUUCUCCGUAAGAUGAUUGGUGUUCCAGUUCCUAAGCUGCUUGGUUGGAGCGCGCGAUCCGGGGUGUCCAACUCUGUUGGUGCUGCCUACAUUUUAAUGGAGAGGGUCAAAGGUCAUCAACUGAGCGACGUCUGGGAGACCAUGUCAGAAUCUCAACGUUUUGGCCUUGUGAAGAGCUUGGUGGAGAUUGAGAGAAGGCUAGCAAGCAUCAGAUUUACGAACUAUGGUAGCUUGUACUACGAUGGCACGAGAUCGAGGAGUUUAAAUGUCGUUGACUCAGUCGAACAAUCAGUUGACGUGCCUGAUACCAUGUCGAAGUUUGUCAUUGGUCCGACAACUGAGAGGUCAUUUUGGGUUGACGAACGAGGAGAGCUAGAUAUCGACCGCGGACCAUGGACAUCAUUCGAAGAAUAUAUUUCAGCCGUCGUACGCCGUGAGAUGUCAUUAAUCCGAAAACUAAGUUCGCAACGACAGAGUCGUCACCCUGGAUUUCUAGGCAGCGCAGGUACAUCACCGGAAGAUCAUAUACGACUUCUGCAGCAGUUUCUGGCCGUUCUCCCUCAUAUUCUACCCCCGGCUGAAAUUACUAGACCCGUCUUGCUUCAUCAAGACUUGCAUGGAGACAAUAUAUUCGUCCACGAAGACGACCCAACAAAGAUAUCAAGUAUCAUUGAUUGGCAAGCGUCGUAUGCAGCGCCACUUUUCCUACAGGCCAAAUUUGCGUCUAUAGUUGACUGUGACGAUCCUUACCCGUGGGGUGCGGUGCAGCCGGAGCUUCCUCAAGAUUUCGACUAUCUCCCAGAGUCGGAGAAAGUGUUAGCUAAGGCAGCGUUCCACAGACUUAGAUUGAAGAAGUUCUACGAACUGGCUUCAAGGAAAUUCAAUCCAACGCUCAUUAGAGCAAUGGACGCAAUAAGGGACGAUGGCGAUCCCACAAAUUUCAUCUUUCACCUUAUUGGGCAAACGGCAACUGAUGGACCGAUCCCUUUGAAGGAACUUCUUAUCCAGAUAUUUGAAAAAUGGGACCAAAUCACCGAGAAAAGCGGAUCUAAGGUGGCAUGUCCUAUUUCGUUUGCUCAAGAAGAAAUCAGCAACGCACGGGAUCAAGCGCAAGCGUGGGCGGAUGCCUUUAAUGAGUUCGAGGCCUUGCGAUCUGAUAUUGCGGGGAAAGAUGGAUGGGUCUCUCACAAAGAGUACGAGGAGGCUAUGGCCAGAUUUGAGGCUCACAGGGGUGCUCUGGAAACUCUACAAAGGCGUCUCGAGGAAGUAUCUUGAAGGCUAUAUAUCAAAUUUCUUGUUAGGAUAUGAGAAGUCAAGAUAGGAGACAGCAUCCCCAACUACGGUACAGCAACCAAACAACUCUAUAUAAAAAGGCUUGCGCAUAAUUUUAUCCAUCCGCUUAUUGUACCUGGAAUAUAU